CGAGACGUAAACCUUGCAAACAUGGCGACGCUCCGAAGAGAGUACGGAGAUUGGAACUACGACCGUUUUUAACCGACAAAAUAACCUCCUCUUCGCAUGUUACAAUGUGGUGGGGUUAGCCAGAGCCACCGGACGUACAGCCUUUUAGACGAUGUUUGCAGAGGUGAGUCAGCGCCGGUGAAACACACGCGCGUGCCGUUAGCGUAGUUUGUUUUCCAGUGAUAGGCACGGCUAGUUAGCAUGUAGCAGCUAGCGCCUUAGCGUUAGCCCCGCAGGUAAACACUCAGCCUGACAGGGAGAGGAGGGCACACAGCCGCUGUGCUCUCAGGGAGGCUGUCUGCUAUAAGUGGCAGUCAGCCCCGGGAUUACACAGUUAACGCUAAGAUAAUACGAUGAGCUUUGGAUGUCCUCACUGUCAACGCCGUGCUGGAAUUAGCUAGACACAGGCAAUGUCGGUAGUAUGCGUUUAGAUUAUGAGUAACGUCCCUCAACAACGAAUUUCUGCAUCACAACAAACACAGGCCAGUCUGUCCAUCUGGGGAUGGGGGGGUCUUGGAGUCGUGCUGUUCCUCGUCACCUUUGGACCCUUUGCCAUAUUCUACCUGGCCUUUUAUAUCUUCUGCUUCAUUGGAGGGGGCUUUGCGGUCACGCUGCUUUAUGGAAAGAUCAACUCAGAGAAACACCUAGAAAAGUGCGAGCACUCUUACCUGCCACCCACGCAAAUUGGUAUACUAAAGACGUUAGAUGAGAUGAAGCUGGAGAUCAAGCCUCCGAAGAUUGACAGGAGACUGACGGGCUCCAGUUUCAUAGAUGAACCACUACAACAGGUGAUCCAGUUUGCACUGAGAGAUUAUAUCCAGUACUGGUACUACACUCUGAGCGAGGAUGAGUCCUUCUUACUGGAGAUCAGGCAGACGCUGCAGAAUGCCCUCGUCCAGUUUUCUACACGGUCCAAAGAGGUGGACUGGCAGCCUUACUUCACCACUCGCCUGGUGGACGACUUUGCCACCCAUUUACGUGUCUUUAGAAAAGCCCAGGAUCGCCUCCUCGACAGAGAGGACAAGCAAAGGGACAUAACAGAGGAGCUGGUGGACUCCUUCUUUGAGGCCGAGGUGGAGAUGGAGAGGAAGAUUUGUCGAGACGUAGUGUGCACUUCACACAAAGAUGAAGAAGGUUUUCUUCGGGACUUGUGUGAGUUGCUUCUGUAUCUGUUACUACCUCCUGGAGAUUUCCACAACAAGAACAUGAGAUACUUUUUAAGGGAAGUGUUGGCGCGUGGUGUGCUACUUCCUCUGAUCAACCAGCUUAGUGACCCAGACUACAUCAACCAGUUUGUCAUCUGGAUGAUACGGGACUCCAGCUGCAACUAUGAAGCCUUUAUGAACAUCCUGAAACUGACAGACAAGCCUGCAGAGCUGGAAGCCGUUAAGGACAAGGUGCUGGAGGAGCUUCAGUACCUCCGCUCCCUGGACACAGCCGGAGAUGACAUCAAUGUAAUCAAGAACCAGAUUAACAGUCUUCUGUUUGUGAAGAAGGUGUGUGAGACCAGGAUCCAGAGGCUGCACUCUGGCAAGGAGGUGGAUGCCUUGAAGCUGGCAGCCAACUUUGGCAAGCUGUGUGUUAUCCCAUUGGAUCACAUCCUCAUCCACAACAUAGCCCUGCAGUUCUUCAUGGACUUCAUGCAGGCAGCGGGGGCCCAGGCAGAGCUGUUCUUCUGGCUCACUGUGGAGGGCUACAGGGUGACGGCUCAGCAGCAACUUGAGGCCAUGCAGGGCUGGCAGAGAGACGGCAAGAAGCAGCCCAGCGCCACCAAGGGGCUGCUGAAGGCCGCUGCACUGGGUGUCUAUGAACAAUACCUCUCAGACAAGGCAUCUCCAAGGGUGCAGGUAGACGAGGCGUCCAUAACAGCACUAGGGGAGAGGCUACAGAAAGACGACCCCACGCCAGAGAUAUUCGAUGAUAUCCAGAGAAAUGUGUAUGACAUGAUGCUACGCGAUGAGCGCUACUACCCCUCCUUCAAGCAGAGUCCUCUCUACGUCCGCAUGCUAGCAGAGCUGGACAUGUUGAAAGAGCCAAGCUACCGGGGGUCUGAUGACGGCGAUGGAGAAUCUUUCAAUGGCUCUCCCACAGGAAGCAUAAAUCUGUCUUUGGACGACCUGUCCAACUCCUGCCAUGAUGACUCUAUGCACCUACAUGCCUUCAUCUCUGACACAGCUGACGCUUGUCUCCCCGGCUUCUGGGGUGCUGCAGGGGUUUGCAACGACCAUGGUAAGACCUACGCGCUGUACGCCAUCACCGUGUUUAGACGCAACCAUGAUGGCAGUGAGGACUGCUGGAAGACGUAUCGCCGCUACUCAGACUUCCACGACUUCCAUAUGAGGAUCACUGAACAGUUUGAGAACCUGACGUCGAUCCUCAAGCUGCCAGGGAAGAAGACCUUCAACAACAUGGACAGAGACUUCUUGGAGAAGAGAAAAAAAGACCUCAAUGCUUACCUACAGUUGCUGCUGAACCCAGAGAUGGUGAAGGCCUGUCCAACUCUGAUUCCUUAUGUCUAUGACUUCCUCGAGAACAAGGCCUACAGCAAGGGCAAGGGAGAGUUUGCACGCAAGAUAGACACAUUUGUAAAUCCUCUGAGGAGCUCCAUGAGAAACGUGUCCAACGCUGUGAAGGCCCUGCCAGACAGUCUGGCUGAGGGCAUGACCAAGGUCUCUGAUAACAUGGGCCGCAUGUCAGAGAGACUGGGUCAGGACAUCAAACAGUCCAUACUCAAGGUGCCUCCACUCCUCCCUAAGACUGACAUCGACCCCGAACACUGUCGAGUCUCCGCUCAGCUCGAUGACAAUGUGGAUGAUAACAUCCCUCUGAGGGUAAUGCUGCUACUGAUGGACGAAGUGUUUGACCUGAAGGAGAAAAACCAGUGGCUGCGCAGAAACAUUAAGAACCUGCUGCAGCAGCUCAUCAGGGCCACAUAUGGAGACACCAUCAACAGAAAAAUUGUGGAUCAUGUGGACUACUUGACCUCACCUGAGCAGGUCGCAGACUACGUCAAGAAGUUCAGGGAUUCCUACUGGCCCAACGGUAUCCUGGCUGAGACACCGCCCCGUCGGGACAAGAGCAUCCGCAUGAGGACGCGAAUAGCUGCCAAGACUAGUCUGCUGGGCAUCAUGCCAGACGAGCUGAAGCACAUCAUCGGAGCAGACACCACAAGAAAGGGCAUACUCCGCGUCUUUGACAUGUUUCAGUACCAACCCAUGAACCGUCGGCUAGUCUACGUUUUCCUGGAGGGCUUCUUGGAGACAAUGUUCCCCCAGUACAAAUUCCCCGAGCUCUUUGUCAAGCUACACUCCCGCUCACCACGCAUCCACAGAUAUAGCCAGAAACUCAAAUCCUCCUCCCUCAAGAGGUGACAGGAGAGGUCAGAGGCAGCGGGACAUGGGCCGACCGGACACACACAGACUUGAGAGCUAAGAGUGAGAGUCGGGGGGCGGGGCUUUGACGUGAACAUCGAGGUAUGUGUGUGAUUUCUGCCCUUCCACUUCCCUCACACGCUCUUUUCAAUAAAAACACUCCAAUUCUCCAGCUGAUUAUUUCUUUCAAGACAGAACUGAAGGACGAACAAGACGCACUCUGCCCUCCUCUCACUCUGUGACACACACACACACACCUGCGCAAACACAAAUCCUGUAACUUGCACCAAGACUGGACACAGCAGUCUUUUCUUUUAGUUCAGAUAUUUUCCUCCUCCUUUUUGGACUUUUUAGUUGUGUUUAGCUUUACCCUGGGCCAAUCAAUGCUGCUUUCUCCUGGUCCAGAGAGCAGACCACAGAUACUGUAUUGUUUUUAAACUGCAGGAGUAGAUAGCAUAGACCCACACCUUGCCUUACCUUCCCGCUUCUGUCUUUCGGCCAGCACUCUUCACCAUCUCAGUGACCUGGCCGCUCAGCUGUAGUCAAACUUACCCUCAUGCUGUAGACAUGUUAUCUGCAAAAGCUGCACACUUGUGAACAAUAUUUUGUUUUCAUAGCAACCAAAUAUGUCAAUAGCACUGGGUUAAAAAGGCGCUGUUUUUAAAAUGUGACUGAACAAGUAUGGGUCGAGAGAGAUGAUUUAGAUUUUUAUUGCUUUUUUUUUUUUUUUUUUUUUUCCAGCCUCAGUGCCUCUCUUGAGACACGAUUUCUUUUUCUUUCCUUUAUCAUCUGUACCACCCAUGAUCCUCAAAGAAUAGAUCCACGUCCCCUUUAAUGCUACUGUCAUAACCUGUGAUGACCAAAGCUCAUGCUGUUCCAUACAUGUGUGUGCACUGGUUUGAUGUCGGGAUACUCUGAACAUUACUGUGCUUCAUAUCCUUAAUCAUGUGAGGAAAGAGAGCGCAGAGUCGACCUUUAAAAGGUGAGGCUGUGAGGACACACUGAAGUGUGAUACAGUUGUGGGAGGCUCAGCUCUGGCUGUGCGAGUGCACUAUCAAAGAAUGUACUCUCUGGUCUAGUGUAUUUGGCUCGUGUAGAAUUUUGUGUGAAUGGGUGUGUGUAUGUUUGUGUGUGUGUGUGUUUAGCACGAAGAUGCAACCCUCUUCAUUCAGAAACUGUGCCAGUGUGAGCUAGUGAACCAGCCUUAACUAUAUACAGUAUAUACUGACCAAGAGACGCACGCUAGAGGUAGCUCUCCUUCACUCGACUGAACGUUACAAGGAAAUCAAGAUAGAGAUAUGGAGAUAUAUCCCUAAUCACUUUUAUCCAGAGAAAAAGUCUUUAAUUUUGUGCAAUAUUUUUUUCUUUAAUGCAUGUGCAUUUUGAAUCAUUGUAUACUGAAAACUAGUAAUUCAUAUUGUUUUAAUAGUAGAGAACGUUAAAGACGCUUCCCCAGAAAUGUCUUCUUGUCCCAACAACUUAACAUUCCGUUGUUGUAAAAGUACAAUGUUUAUUUUACAGACUUGUUUUAUAAGUCUGAGAUAUUUUUUUUGUUUUGUUUUUAAUGUGUGGGGGGGUAUUUUACACUUAUCCUUCACACACUCAUACAGACUGUGUUUUGUGGGUAUGGACUGGGCAGUGGUCGGGGGUUUUCUGUGUCGCAGCCCGAUAAUUAGCUCAUUGGGCUACAGCUAGUUCAGAGGCGGGCUCAAACAACUGCUUCUUUUUAACUCAUAAGUGGCGUUUUAUGCAUCUAAGCCUGUUCUGUUUAGUGUGAACAGAUCUAUGUUGUUAACUGACAGCUCGAGGGACCGCCCCAUCUCUCCCCUCCUGUCCAAAAGGCUCACAUGAGAGCCAUGUUGUGGCCAAUGGAAUCACUGCUAACGAGCACUUACCGUAGCAACUGUGGGAGGGCCUCUCCCAUUGGCUGGAUGGAGCCCCAUUCUGCUGCAGUCAUUGGAUGGAACUCCCUCGUCUGCUUUGAUUUGCUUGCACUGAGCAGCCCUGGUGGACUCUGAUUGGCUGAGUAGGAGGACAUGAACUGGAGCUGCUUACUGGGAAGUGAAUAUUUUGUUUGUUCCCGCGUCUACGGAGGUGUCACUUCUAAUUUUCUGCACAUCUCUCCAUACAGGAAGGCUUGUCGUUUUUUUUUAACCCCCAGUAUUUAUGAAUCUAUGAUAAUGAAAAUUGUGCAUAUCUGUGUACAGUAUGUGUUAAUAGUGUGCCUAAAUGUACUGUCAACUCUAUUUUCAUAUUUUUCUUUAACCUAAAAAAAAAAUCAAUCAGAAUGUCAUGAUCAUUUUAUGCGACUGAAAAUGACUUUAGGGUGUUUUUUUGCAUCAUGCUUAUCAAACUCUUCCUUGUGAGCGAUUGUGCUCAGAUCAGUAUAACACUAAUAAAAGGUAACUCAGA